AUGAACCUACUGGAAAAAGAGUUCCUCAAUGUUAUUGAUUGGCGUUUGAUGGUCACUGCACCUGUGAUGCAACAUUAUUACACUUCAUUGGUCCAUAUGCAUCCAAACUACACACUAGCACCGGCCACAGGACCACUUCCAACGGCGUUCCCUGCAGUAUCCGGUACAUCCAGGAACUUGUAG